GUUUGACGUCCUCCACCUCCCGAUGAUCGACCUGAUGGUCUGUCACCAGUCUUGAGCAUUCCUCAAAUGCAUGCUUGACACUGAAGGAGACUUGUAGUUGCCUUUGUCACAUAUACUGUACACCAAGAGCUACCUGGUACCACAACUUGGAACCAAACUAGCUAGUCUACCCAUUCAGUUCGAAAUCUCUUUGAAAUCCUCAUCUACGGUACCACCAUGACUGUGAUUUACAACAUUGAAGACUCUUGGCAUGUGAUCACACAUGUGCACGGCAGCGUUUGGCCUCAUGUGGUCUGGACGUGUGUGGCCAUGAGCGCCCUGACGACGGUGCUGUUUGUGCUCAAGUACUAUUACCACUUUGACUUGACGUUCAAUGUAGCGGGUAACACAUACCUGUCAUUGAUUGUGUCCUUCUUGGUCGUUGGCCGAGCUCAGAAUGCCAUUCAGCGCUUCUGGGAAGCUCGAGGUGCCGUGGGUGAUGCCUUGAAGUCAUGUCGUGAGCUUUCCCUCAUGAUCAUUGCCACCACGGGACGUGAAACUACCGAAGAAGCCAACUUGUUUCGACUCUUGGUCAAGAAGCAAUUGGUCAAGUUGUUGCGGAGUACCAUGGAAGUCAUUCAAGACGAAGGUCUGUCACUCAGGCUCAUGCAGGGAGAGAUUGAUGAAAAGGAUAAGUGUGUCUACAUCUUUGACUCGUCGCGGAUUAGCAAGUACAAUGACACUGGUCACAUCACAGACCCACUAGAUGUAGCAGGAGCUCUGUAUACCAUCCUAGAACGCAAUGAUGAGUUCCUGGAGAAACCCAUCCACUUCUUGCGCAUGAAUGCCAUGUUCAGUUGCAUCUCCAAGUUUAUCGAUACAUACUACCACUUGACCAAGUUCACCACCACUCCCAUCCCCUUUGCUGUCGGUAACAUGGGCCGAACAGCCUUGGUGGUUUGGAUCUUCACCAUCCCAUUUGUCCUGGUCAACCAGAUUGAUGAACUUGUGGCUUGUGUUGGCCUGGUCUUUGCCAUUACGUAUGCCUUUGUCGGUUUGGAGUUUGUGGUCAUUGAGCUCCAUGAUCCCUUCGGUGACGAUCCCAACGACAUUGAAGUAGAACGCUUGUGUGAGACCACAAUUCGGGGUAUUGAAAAGGAUCUCAUGGGUUGCAACGGCGCCUACAGCACCGUCAGCUAUGAACCCGAACGAAGAAUCAGCCUGGCACGACCGUCCUCGGAGCAACAACAUCCUCCACAAAAGGUCCUCCGCAGGAGCACCAGCGACUUGAGUACUACCGCCGACGAGACCAGCUUCCCGGGAGAUGAAGAAGCGCUUUCCAGUGGACAGCAGCAGCACAGAGGUGCCGGUGUCUUCUUGAUGCCUCAGAAGAGCUUCCAAGCUACCCAUGAUUGUGCUCGACCCAUGUCCGAGAUCAGCCCCCUCCUGUCAACAGCGGUAUGAUGUGAUCCCUCCAGCAGUGGUUGCCUUGCAGAACCAGCCAGAAACUCUUUCCCUUCCCGUUCCCAUCACCUUCAGAUACCAGACGCCAUCAACCAUCCGUCCUCCAAGCAAGAACGCGGCACCGCACAACACCGGAACCGGCCAACCUAGAAGCCAUACUGGUACAUGAACAUAUCCAUACUGGGAACCAUACUAGGAAACUAAAACUGGCUAACUCUAGCUAUAGAGUAGAUCUGAUUACAUCCGUCU